AACGUUUGCAAAACAGUUAGUUGGGGUUGUGAGGGGUUUAAGAACACAAGGUGUUUGGUGGUUUUCAGGGGGUUUUUGUUGAUCAGACAUAGCCCAAUUCUCUAGGGUAUGUUAUCUGCAUGAGUUUCAAACCGGAUGAGAGUGUCUUCAACAUGGGGUGAAAUGUUUUCUUCCAAUGUCCACUUACAUGAAUGAUUGUCUGAGAUAUGGUGUUGCAGAAGAGGUUGAACUAUGGUUUUAAUGGCUAUCAGGUGCCUGUCAUUCCUAGAGCUUCUAGAUCAGCUAGGGGGAGGGGCGCAAUCAGGAAGAAGCCUGACAGCAAUCAGAUACAGGCUUUUGAAAUUUUGGCUAGUGUAGCUGGCAACUUUUUGCAGGAGAAUGAGAGUUCCAUUCCUGAUAACGCUGAUUCUGUGAAAGAUCCUCAUUCUUUUGCUGGUAUUAACAUAAAAGACAAACAAGAGGAUGAAGUAGGGUCAUUUAAGGAGAACCUAUUUGAGCGUGGAACUUGUAGUGAAAUUGCCUCUACCUGUGUCCCUGGUUUGAAAGGGAAACAUGACAACCAAAGAGUCAUGGAUGAUUCAUCUUUUCUUGGCAAUCAUCUUGAAGGCCAAGGACAAAAUGUCCUUGAGAGGGAAGAUGAACGGAUAAAAGGGGGAUGCGUAAGUGAGAAAAUCAUCCACAUUAAAGGGAGCUCUGAUGGAUUAAUAGAACUAGGACAUAGAGCAUCUAAAGAUUGCACUUCAGAAAAUUAUGUGGAAAAACCUUCAUUGGAGGGACGCAGGAAUCUUGAUUCUUUACCCAAUGGUUCCUCUGCUAGUAAAUUAGUUAAUAGAGAUGAUGACGAUAACUUUGUUAGGUGCACUCAAUUGAGCCCCAAGAAUAAGAUAUCUGGCCAACCACCAGAUAUGCUAAAACUGAAGGAUGCAAGUACUUUUACAAGUGAUGAGAACAAUAGUAGGGACAAUUCUUUGCUUGAAAAUUCACAAAGGAUGUAUCCGUUUAAGAAGAGGAAGUUCUUCAAUCAGACCUCAUCAUCUGCAUCUGAUAGGGGGUCUCACUGUCAAGGCAUGUUUGAUUCUUCUGACACCAGAGUUAAUGGCACAAACCACAGUGCAGCGAUUGAAGAAUCAUCCUCUGUAGCAGGUCAACAAGUACAUCCUGGGUCAAGAGGUUGUAACGUGAAGCUUAGUAUAAAAUCCUUUAAAGUCCCAGAGCUUUUUAUUGAUAUACCUGAAACUGCUACUAUUGGUUCACUGAAGAGGACAGUAAUGGAGGCUGUGACAGCUAUACUAGGAGAUGAACUACAUGUAGGCAUUCUUCUUCAGGGAAAGAAGGUACGAGAUGACAGCAAAACUCUGAUUCAGACUGGGAUAUCUCAAGAUGACAAACGUCAUAGAUUGGGGUUCAUGUUGGAGCCAAGACGUACUCAAAUUUCUCCAUCUUCAUACAAUGAAGACUCUUGUUUUCUAACCACUGGUUCCCGACAAAAAUUUUCCAGGCAAUCAACAUCUUUAAUGCUACAACAUGGAACAUAUAAUGUAUCCCAAGAGCGUUCUCUGAUCAAAAUUGAAAGUUGUGCUGGAGGUGAUCUUAAUGUUGUCUCAUCUCUGGCAGAUACUUCAGCUAACAAUAACAUGUCAAAGUGUCGCACUUUGGUAGCAGUUCCUGCCAUUAACAUGGAGGCAUUAGCCAUGGUUCCAUUCCGGCGCAAACCUGGGAAUCCUGACUUUGCACAGCGCCGAAUCAGGAGGCCAUUUUCUGUUCUAGAAGUAGAAGCAUUGGUUCAGGCAGUUGAAAAACUUGGAACUGGAAGGUGGCGUGAUGUCAAACAACGUGCUUUUGAUAAUGCAAAGCAUCGAACUUAUGUGGAUUUGAAGGAUAAGUGGAAGACAUUGGUGCACACAGCAAGAAUCUCCCCUCAGCAAAGGAGAGGAGAACCUGUUCCUCAGGAGCUUCUGGACAGGGUCUUAGCUGCUCAUGCCUACUGGUCUCAACAACAAUGUAAGCAUCAACUUAAACCACUUUGAGCCUUUUUCAAUAUUGAAGAACGCACAAGAACAAGUACAUUGCUGCAAAAAAAAAAACAGCUUUCAGAAUGAAGUGAAGUGUCGUUAUGCAAAAAGUUGUUAGUUAAGUACGUGUUAAAUACAUGUGAACCAUAAUUUAGGUUGUCUAAGCCUAUUAAUGGUUUGGUGAUUUGUACAUGAUUUUUUGAUCGAAAGGGAGUAUGGUGUCACUCUUACCAUUCCCUGUGGUCGUUUGUUGGUAUGCUAUCAAAAGCAGACUAGAAUAAUCAUAUAUGUAUAGAAGUUGACCCCUUAUGAAUUUGUUCUUAGGAACUUGGUUAUCUUCGUAAGUUACAAACAAUAAUAAGGGAUGACCUGUGAAU